GACUCGUUACUAAAUACCGGUUACUUGACUGACGAGUAUAACGAGUUGGCAGCCUUGCUUUGACAACAACAUAUAACUCACAAUAAUGCACUAGAUUGGAGCAGCUGAUGACAGCUAUAACGGGCACCCAACGAAACGAGAGCAACAUCAUCAGCGAUAUCAACAGCGACGACAGCAGCAACAACAACAACAUCAGCUGUACAAACAUUAAUUUUUAGACAAAUUCGGGGUGGGGGGCUGACGACUGACUACGGAAGACGGUCGCCAAAAAGACACGGAAGUGUUUUCUCACCAGAAACUUGAUUGAAAACCACCUUCGGUGCGUAGUAAGCCAUGGCCGAUGCUGCUGGUGGUGGCAUGCCCGAAAAUGCGGCCGAAAUAGCCGUGGCGAAUGCAAUCAAUAACAUCAACGGCCGUAAUCGUGUGCUCGCUGGCGGAAUGCCUGCCGGCGGGUUAGGAGUAGGCGGAGGUGUUGGCCAAAACAACAUGAUGAACAUGCGGGAUCGCCUAUUUCAUGCCAUUUACUUUCGUGUAGCAGCCACCUAUGCAGAGUUAGUGCCACGCAAGAUACAAAUGGCAAUUGAGUUUCUGCUGCUGCUAAAGGCUUUGGUGUUCUUCUUCACUUUGGUUUACAUACACACGGCAUUUAUAAAGAAUCCCUGCACCUGCCUGCAGGACGUGCAGAAUUGGCCACGCGAUGGCGUUAUCCGUGUGGAAAUAAUACCACACUUGGCCGAGAAGCGUGCCAUAUGGCAGCGCAUUAAGUCCGAUCAGCAGCUGGUGCUGGCGCUUAAGCAUACUUACUACUAUGGCAUUGGACCACAAACACUGGACAAUCACAACAGGCUGAAGCGCUACGAGACGAUACUACGCAAACUGGGCUUGCCGGUGCGACCCAAUUUCGCCUAUGGCAACGAGAGUCUGUACUACUAUUUCGAUGCUGUCAAUAUACUGGAUAGCUACGAGCAUCCCAGCGCUAUACCACUCAAGGCUGACGACGAUGAUGAUGAGCAAUAUAUUGUUGAGUAUUCGCUGGAGUACGGCCACCUGCGUCUCUCCGCCGACACACGCAAAAGAUUGAACAUACCCGUGCUGACUGUGCAGCUGGACCCCAAUUCGAAUCCCUGCUUUGGCGAUAGACUGACGCGCUACCUGCUCAAGCGUUUGCUGGGCUAUGAUGACUUGCUAAUGGCUUCGGUGCGCACUGUGGCCGAGAAGGAGGACAACAAGGGCUACCUGCGUAACGUGAUUACGGGCGAGCACUAUCGUUUCGUGUCCAUGUGGUGGGCUGCCUGGAGCAGCUAUCCAGCUGCAUUCUUGGUCAUGUUGCUCUUUACGUUUUCGGUGUCCAUGCUGUUGCGCUACUCGCAUCAUCAGAUCUUUGUGUUUAUAGUGGAUCUGCUGCAAAUGCUGGAGUACAAUGUCUCGGCCCGCUUCCCCAUCGCGCCCCUACUGACGGUCAUACUGGCGCUCGUAGGCAUGGAGGCCAUCAUGUCGGAGUUCUUCAAUGAUACAACAACUGCUUUCUAUAUAAUAUUGAUUGUCUGGAUCGCGGAUCAAUUUGAUGCCAUCUGCUGCCACACGACCAUUACGAAACGCCAUUGGCUCAGAUUCUUCUACCUAUAUCAUUAUGCCUUCUAUGCGUAUCACUAUCGCUUCAGUGGACAAUAUCGUAGUCUGGCCCUGCUCUCGUCGUAUCUCUUCAUUCAGCACUCAAUGGUAUUCUUCUUCCAUCGGUACGAGCUGCCCGCCAUUAUGGCACAGCGUCAUGUCUUCAUCAUCACGCGAAAUCAAGCAAAUGCAGCAGCUGCUGCUGCUGCUGUCGCCGGCGGCGGAGGAGGCGGUGGUGGUGGUGUUGGUGGUGCUGCUGCUGCUCCAGCUCCCGCUGUAGCUGGUCAACAGGCGGCGCUGCAACGUGCCCGGGUCAUUGUGAUGCGACUCUAUAGACAAUUGGCUGCACAGCGUCAGGGCCAGGCAGCUGGAAACGGAGCAGCUGGAGCCGGAAUGGGUGCGGCUGGAGGUGGAGGCGGCGCUGCUGCUGCACCGGCCGUACACAACAAUCCCAGCGCUGCACUGGCGAAUGCUUUGGGUAAUUUGAGGCGGCUGCCGUUGGUGGGGCAGUGGUUGCAUGGACGCGACCAGUUUGCCACAGAGCGACGGGUAUUCCUUGGCCGCGGCCAUGGACACGGCCAGAUGAUGCAUGUGCGGCUGCAGCGCAUCAAUAUGGCCGACAUACCGGGACUGCAGACGCGCGCUGCUGCGGCCGUGGCAGCAGCCAAUGCUGCCGCGGUGGCUGCGCAGGCAGCAGCCCAGGCGGCAGCAACAGCUGCCCAGGCGGCGGCAGCAGCAGCAGCAGCAACAACAGCAACAACAACGGCAACGGCAACGGCAACCGAUACAACAACAAAUGAAGAUGUCGAAUCAAAUCAUGGACAAGGACGAAACCAAGAGCCGGCAACAGCAGCACCAACAGCAGCAACAGCAACAGCAACAGCAACAGCAAACAGCAUCAAUGAUGCAGGAGUAACAGCAACAGCAACAGCAGCUGAAGCAGAAACAUUAGCUAAAGCAGGAGCAACAGCGGAAACAGCUCAGGACGAGCAGCAAUUGGAGCUGGGUUUGGAUCUAGGGCAGGCAGGCGUGUCUAAGAUGUUGAAAAAUCUAAAUUCCGCUGCAGCGGAUAUUAUAAAUAUGCCGGAUACGCCUGAAACUACUACAGCAAUAGCAACAGCAAGAGAAGUAGAAGCAGCAGCAGCAAUAGGAAGCCUGAGUGAGCCACAGCCCCAGCUGCUGCUGCUGCCCACAUUGGGAAAGCAAUUAGCAAAUAAUUUGCCAGCUCAAAGAGCGCAGCAGACGCCGCCGUCGUCAUCAGGUGAAAAGGAAAGCAGUUCGACUGACCAGCCGAAGCAAAACAAAGUAGCAGCAGGAGCAGAAGCAGAAGUGACAGCAGCAGCAGCCUUCACGUCAAAACAAGACAGAGCAGACGUCCAGGCUGUGACUGGAGCAGCAGCAGCAGCUUGGGCCAAUCCAAGCACAAUGAUGGAUGGCAGGCAAACAGUUGAUUUUAUAGAAGGCGACAGCUUCACGUCAACAGCAAAUUACAACGCAACAAACCACAUGCAACAACAGCAACAGCAGCAGCAGCAGCGGGCAGAGGAGGAGGAGCCAAAGCAGCAGCAGCAACAGCAACAGGAGUCGGAGGGGCUGCCGGCUAAGCUGAUGAAAACUCUACCGCAUACAUCAAACCAAGUGACAACAGCAGCAGAAGCCACAGCAACAGCCCACAACUGAAUAAGAAGAUAGACAGCCCACAGGAUAUUUGGGGCGCUGGGCGGACGGACGGUUAGUGGGCGUCCUAAAAAGGGGUUAGCCCCAAAUUUGAAACACAACAACAACAG